AUGGGAUACCAACCAGACAUCAAUAUAUUUGGAAACAAAUCUAGAAAAGAAUCUUUUGUUGAAAAGUUAGAGAACACUACAGGCAUCAAAUACUCAGAUUUUGAGAAUAAUGGUAGUGAUGUGUUUAUUUGUGAAAAAUGUUAUAAAAUUGUAUUAAACUAUUCUACGUUUAGAGGAACUGCAUUGUUAAAUCAUGAAAAAUUCUGUGAAAGCAUUCGAAGGAAAAGAUUACCAGUAGCUACCCCAGGAAGUGUGGAAAAGCCACAUAAAACUCAGAAAAUUUCUGUGGCAGAGCAAAUAACACGAUCUGUGGAAAAACUGUGCAUAAAUUCACAUAGUUGUACUACAAACCAUUAUAAGAAGGCAAAGAAAAAACUUGAUAUACCUGAUGAUUCUUCUUCUGUUUCAAUUAACAUAGAAAACAAUUUUGAUUUUAGAGAGUCUGUUAAUUUUAAAACAUUCCUGGAGAAACUGGAUUGUUCUUUAAAAGAAAUUAAUAGGAAAGGUGAGACUGUUUUACAAGAAAAGAACUCCUUCGAGCUGUUGAAUGGUGCAGUCUUUGAAAAAGCUUUGAGGGAAUUGAAAACAAAAGUUUCACUUUUAUAUGAAGUGUUUAAGACUCUAUUGGAUGUAAGAGAUGAAAGGGAACUUAAAUCCUCUGAAAAAGUGACAAUGGCUACCAUGUACCCAAUGAUCAUGCAGGCUAGAAACAAGCAAUCCUUAGCAAUACAAAGAGUGUAUACAGCCCUUGUUAUCAGAAGUCAUGCUGAUAAUACACUACUUCAGAGACUAAAUAAAGCACACAUCACCCUUUCCACUAGUUCCAAAAAAUAUUUCAUGGAUGAUUUGGGGAAAUACUGUGAUGAAAAAAUAGUACAGAGUCUAAGAAGUGGGAGGGAUGGCAAAAUAAAUGGAGACAACUUAGACUUUCGAGUGGCUACGCAUGAAAUCAGAAUGAAUGUUAAAGCCAAAGACUUUCAUUUCUUUGCUUCAGACUAUACCCCAGACAGAAUAGAUCUUUCUAAGUACAGUGACAAAGGGAGCAUUGGUGAUGCCAAUUCUGUCAGAGUUGAAAACUUCCUGCCAUCUCCAGAAGAGGAGAAAAUGUACAGAGAAAGCUUGAAAAUCAUUUUAGCAAGAGAAAUGAUUGCAUUUUCCAACAAAUUUUUAUGGAUGAAAAUGUGCAUUCCAGACCACAUACCGCAUGAACUAUCUGAGGAAAUGUCACAGAAAUCCACCCCUUUCCUCAUGCCUAUACUAUUAAAAAAUGAGACAUCAUACUCUGACUGUAUUGAUAUAUUAACAUCAUACACUAGUCAGUUGGAGGAUUGGUAUACACGAGCUGGUCGAGGUUCAAUACAGUUUCUUUGCUUCUGA